AUCAUAUUGUUUAAUUGAAAUUUUGAAGGGUUCAGCAAUCUGAAACAUCGCCGCAAAACCCUUUCUCUCUACGAAGAGUUGAGCCGUCUGUGUCCACAUCGCCGCCACCCACCCACCGAUCCUAUCUUCUGUCGCCAGCUACCAUCACGCCGUUCCGGGACAUAGGAGUUCUGAAAUUGUAGGGCGGAAGAUUUGAUCAAUUUGGAAAGAUGAGACUGUUAACACACAAUAUGCUAUCUUCAAACAUUAAGGGUGUGGUGAAUGGUUUUCCAUUGCGCAUAGAAGCAGAGAAAGUGGUGGAAAAGAAUGUGGAAAUGAAUGGUGACUUUCUGAAAAAGAUGUUUGAGAAGAUUGAGUGGAAGGCUUUUGUGGAAGCAUCGCGGGGAAUGGGAUACACUGAACUACCUGAAGAGGCUGACUCUUCCAUGCUGGAUUCAAAUGAAUUUCUGAACCGGUUUCACCAUGCCCUCUUGGAACUCCACCUUGAAGAAGGUGCUCUUGUUUGCCCAGAGACUGGACGACGGUUCCCUGUCAAAAAGGGCAUUCCAAAUAUGCUUCUUCACGAGGAUGAGGUCUGAUAUUUUGUAAUUAGCUGAUGAAUUUUGAACACCCUACCCUGUUUUGAAGCACCCUCAUCUGCUUGCUGGUAAUGGAUAGAAAUCAAUCGCAGUUAGGAUUUAUCGUUUUAAUCAAGUUUACUUCAUUAUGUUGACAAAUGUUAUUAUGAAUGCAUUGUUGGACUAUUGUUUGAUUAUUUCACUAUUUCCAACUGCAACAAUAGGUAUUUUUGGUUUUAAUGA